AUGGGAAUAUCGAGUUCUAAAUCGCGGAAGAGGGGCCCCUCAUCGAGCGCCAUCUCGGCUAAUAACUCGCGAGGGGCGUCCGUUGCUGCGAUUGAGCUGUCCAGUGCGCUCCACGAGACUCUCAGCGAGGUUGACUUGGAGGGGAGUUUAAGUGGCCAGUUCAAGCAGCUGCUUCAACGGCUGGACCAGGAGGCUUCCAAGUACACUAACUCCAGGGUUAGUGAUGAUGGCGCAUCAACAGACUGGGACUGUUCUCAGGCUGAGGCGCAGCUUGUAUCCGCAGCGUGGAAGUGCGCUCGGGGGGCCUACGACCUCGAAAGCACCAUCGAGGACACAGCUUACUGCACAUUUCGAAAAGAUCACGUUCUAAAGCACUCACUUACAGGGACCGUAAAGGCUCUCAAGUCAACUGUGGUUGAGCCAGUGGCCAAGUCAAGUCAUGGCGACCAUCUGUUGCCUGCCCUUGUUAUCGCUGUUCGGGGCAGCGCAAGCAAGAUGGACCACAUUGUAAACGCCAACUCUCGGCCUCAGGUUACGGAAAAGUUCAUUACUUCCGAUUUCCUAGAUGAGCCGGAUCCCACGGCCCAUUCCGGAUUUCUUAAUAGUGCUUGGGCUCUCGACGAGAUAGUAUCCGAGAGGAUAGAAACCUACAUCGAGAAUGCCAAGAACAACAAUGGGCAGAAGCCCCAUGUACUCUUUACUGGCCACUCUGCGGGCGGGGCGGUCGCAGCUCUCUUCUACCUCCGAUACAUCUCAGACAAAGCAUUUGGUGAGUUGAAGAACAAAUAG